AUUUAUUUAUUAAGUUCUGAUCUCGUUUCGAUCCGCCUUGCGAACGCUCUCCCAAUAUCACCGCCGCCGCCGUCCGAUCCAUGGCGCUGAACCGCCUGCCUACGCCGACGCCAACGCCGACGCCUGCUGCUGCAGCGAUGGCCCCAGCUUGCUCUUCCCUCACCGGCCCAUUGACGAGGCGUCUCCCUUCUUUCCGGGGCCUGUGGAUGUCGACUCGGUUUGUGAGGGUCUCAAGCGCGCAGGCGCAGAAGGUCAUCUCCAGGUCUUCUCGCCGCCAACACGUUCUUUGCGAGGUCCCUGAGACGACAGAGCAGCUUCCAUCUGUCUCUAAAGAAACAUGGCAAACUCUCGUCCUGGAGUCUGAUAUCCCAGUGCUUGUAGAUUUUUGGGCACCAUGGUGCGGGCCUUGCCGGCUAAUUGAGCCAACCAUUGUCAAAUUGUCAAAGGAUUACGAAGGCAAACUCAAAUGCUACAAAUUAAACACGGAUGAGAACCCUGACAUAACUACACAAUAUGGUAUUCGGAGCAUUCCAACCAUGAUGAUAUUCAAAGAUGGUGAGAAGAAAGAAGCUAUUCUUGGGGCUGUGCCAGAAUCUAAACUUAUUUCAUCAAUUGAGAAGUUUCUAGUGAGGUAAAUACGUCCAUAUUUAUUUUUCUCUUUCUAUUUGAACUUUGUAUAUUAAGGAUUUGUUGUGAGCCGUUGAUGUCAUUUAGCAAUAACUGGUGGUUGAAGGAAAUAAAGCAGCUGCUUGGAUUGAAUAUAAUACUGGAAAUGUUCAGUUAAAUUUCUAGUUUA